AUGAAUACCGCGCCCACCUUCAAAUUCCCGGCCGACGCGCCACCGCCCGAGUCGGAAGGCUCCGCCGGCGAGGAGGAGUCGCGCACCCCCUCGCGGCGGCAGGUCGCCUUCUACCCACACAUGAAGUCCGCGAACAAGCCCCAGAAGCCGUUCAGCCGCAGCGCAGCGAAGCGGGAGAGCGUGAUGGCGCUGGGGAGCAUCGAGCACCUGCAGCACUACUUCACAAAGUCGGGCAUCGCGGCGGAAAGCAAUCCUCUCAACAAGCCGCACAGCGGCAUGGUCCCCGCCAUCGGCGGCCCGUCCGCCCUCCACAUCCGCCCCUUCUCCCAGCAGGUGCGCGACUUCGAGCUCCCGCCGUCCCCAGCCGUCCCGCAGAUCAUCCAGCCAUCCUUCCCGCCGUACGUGAAGACGUUCGAAACAGACUCGGAGAGCCUCCGGCCAGGAGUCAUCGAAGACCUGAGUGCGGUCGCGGCGGGGUGGCAGCUGGACGGAGGCAUACACAUAGACCAAGAUCCCAAUCUCCUGGGAGCAGGCGGAAAGUCCGGAGAACACCUCGACGUGCUUGAUCUCCUCAAGACAACUACGCGUGCAGUACGGUCCGUGCGCAACUACCUCGUAUCGCUACCAGACGACUCCCCCACGCCGAUGCUCCAGACGUACUUCCGCCCACAGAGCCUGCCGAGCGCGCCCCUACCACGGAGGCGCGUCUCACAGCCCGACGCAGCCUCAGACCAGUUGACGCGCAUCCGACGCGGCGCGCUCGAGGUGCUCACGGCGCUGCGGGACCUCGAGGAGUCCGCGCGCCUCCCGCUCGAGCACGACGCGUAUGACGCGCAGAGCGACCAUGGAUCGACCUCAUCGCCCGAGCAGAGCGACCUCAGCACCCGCGCGACGUCCCCAGACUUCUUCGACAACGACGGCGACACGUCCGUCUCCAUCUCCUUCAUCGAGGUCGGCGGGAGCAGGAAGCCGGUGCCGGUGUGGGAGGACGAAGAGUCGACGCGCGACUUGAGCGACGAGGAGCUCGGGAAGCGCGAUCGGUGGGACGAGCGGCUCGUCCUCGGGGGCGGCUGGCUCUACCGGCAGGACAUGCGCCUCGCUGAUAUGGCCCGCGAGCGCGCGGUCGUAGGGCGGUACCUCGACGCCGUGGAUGAGGUGCUCUUCGGUGGCGUGCAGGGCGGGAAGCGCGGGUGGACGCGAGAGCGGGAGCGUGCGGAGCGCAGGCAGAGGGAAGGUCGCAGGGCGAGCUCCGUGGAAGGUCUCAUGAACAGCAGCGCGGCGUCGAAGCGGGCGUCACGCAGAGUCGUUUCUACGGGGAUGCUCGACGCGAUGCGGGACAUGGUUGUCACGGAAGAGCCAGAAGAGAUGGAGACAUUGACGGAGGAGGACGCAGUGGAGGACGACGAUCUGCCGGAGUGGGCGAAACGGUCAACAUUCGCUGACAACCCUCUGGGCCGUCUGCACGCUCUCUUGGUAGCUUUCCUUCCCGUGAAUCUCCUGCCUCAGCUCCCCCACGCACCGCCAAACCGCUCCACACUACUAGAAUCGCUCUCGUCUGGCCAGUUGCUUUGCGUCGCGUACAACGUAGGCGUGCGCAAGUCGCGGAAACCCUGGGGCUUCGUCAGCAAGGACGCCAUCCACGACAUCGUCAUGCUCGAGGCACAGUCUCCUGGCGCCGGCCAGGAGGGAGAGGCGGGCAAGCGGGGGUGGACGUUCAGACGCACGGACAACCUCCGCCUGUGGGCAGCUGCCCUGAAGCUUCGCUAUCUUCUUCCGAUCACGUCGCCCGCGAGGCCCAACGCCGCCAGGACGCCGGGGUCGGUGACGCCCUCUUAUUCUGGGACGCCGGUUCCCUCUCCGUCCGCGUCGCAGGUGAGGUUCCCGAGCAACACGAAUGAGGAGCCGAUUUUGUUUGACGCCCCGAUGGUCGCGCGGCUGGAGGGCGCGUGGGAGGACAUGCUGGAGGCGGUGGUGCUCAGGUGGAUGGACGCGGUGGUGGAGGAGCGGAGGGGCGAGCGGUGA